UUUACUUUUAGCAGUGUUUUGUGAUUCAGUGCUUUAAUUAAAUUCUUAAUUUUUAAGGAUUUACGUAAAAUUUAGUAGCGAAUUUCUUAUCAGUUUUUGUGUCGCUUGAUAUGUUAUGUGCGUGGCGAAGGUCUGUCUAUAACUACAUACUGUUUUUGAAUUUGAAGGAUUUUUUGAACUACGAUGGGGAAUUCACCGUCCGUAGUGCAUUCGGAGCAGAGAGCUGCAAACGGGGAACCCAUUGCGCCAUCUCUUCCGCAGGCCGUUUCCUCUUCGCCACCUGCAGUUCGACACUAUGAAGGCAACAUUAGUGAAUGCCCCAUGCACGCCGAACUGGCUAACAAAGAGAAUCGCACCAGUAAGGCGUCGCUGGUAUCAGAAUGCCCCAUAAAAGGCGAGAAACCCAGCGACAUCGACCCGAUGAACAUGAUGCCUCCUCCCAACCAGAGACCGUCGCCUGAACAGCCCUUUCCACUACCGACGGCACGACAGGAGUCAUCCAUACCGAAAUUUGAUACGAAGGACGGUGAGAAAUGGGUAUAUCCAUCGCAGCAGAUGUUCUGGAAUGCCAUGUUAAGAAAAGGCUGGAGAUGGCAGGAGGCGGACAUUUCCGCCAAUGAUAUGGCUCAUAUAAUACGGAUUCACAAUGUUAAUAACGAAGUCGCAUGGCAGGAGGUGCUAAAGUGGGAAGCUCUGCAUAUGAACGAAUGUGCAUGCCCGAGACUGAAGAAAUUCGGCGGAAAGGCGCAAGAGUUCUCACCGCGUGCUCGAAUUCGCUCCUGGUUGGGAUAUGAGCUGCCAUUUGACCGGCACGACUGGAUUGUGGAUCGUUGUGGAAAAGAAGUCCGAUACAUCAUCGAUUAUUACGAUGUGGGAGAAGUUAACAGCCAAACUGGCAAAUUUGCCGUUCUGGAUGUGCGACCGGCAUUUGAUUCCUUCGGAGCCAUGUGGGACCGAAUGCGUGUGUCCUACUGGCGUUUCCGACACGGCGAUCAUGGAAAACCGCAACAGCUAUCACCGCAAGAAGUGCUGCAGCAAAAUGUUCCUGCUCAGAAUGCCAAAGCGUCCGCGUGAAUUAAUCUGGUGUCGCAUUGUAUUGUUGCAGUGUUUUUUUGUGGCCGUCUGUUACGAGGAAGCAGUUUUUGCCUUUGGUGCUCUUUUGUUUUGCUGUGGUUUGUUACAGUUUAGCCAAAUAAUGUGGUCAACCAAGAUCUUUAUUUAUAAAUCUUGCCGACGUA